ACCAUGCUAGAUUGCGAAUGCGUGAGCGCGUGGCUCAGUGGUAGAGGGGACGACUCGGACCCCGAGCCCACUACUACUGGGUCUGUGUCCCUUCACGGACCCGCUCUACCAUACGCUAUACAAUUUAUGUGCAGAGUGUUCUACACGGGAUAUCGUAAUAAUGGACUUAAUAUUGAGGACAUGUAUCGGUGCCCCCGAGACGAUGAGUCGGCCCGUAUUGUUCAAAACCUGGAGAGGAAUUGGAUUCUCGAGCGUCGAAAACGGUGUCCAAAAUUUUGGAAAUCUUUGUAUCGGACGUACUUUAAAUAUUAUUGGUUGGCACUCACUGUAUAUACAUUUGAGGAAUGUGUGAUACGUAUCGGACAACCAAUGCUAUUGGGUAUUGUGAUUGACUUUUUCAGCGACACCGGGAAUAUCACGUAUAUGCAGGCGUGUCUGGCCGCCGGUGGUGUGUGCCUGUGCUCAGCCCUAUUGACCACUAUCCAUCACCCUGCACUUUUUAUGCUGUUUCGUAUGGCAUUGAAAAUGAGAAUCGCCUCUUGUACCCUCAUGUAUAAGAAGUUCACAUUUUCGGCGUGUUAUUUGAUUAUAGGACCGAUACAGACAGCGGUCGCCAUAUAUAUAAUGUACGGUUAUGUGAGUUACUAUUGUUUCGUUGGCGUCGGACUAUUGGCGCUAUUAAUACCGUUUCAGACAUUUAUGGGCAAACUUUUCUCUAAACUGAGGAGCGAGGUGGGUAGUAUUCGGUUAGGAUGCUUCCUAAAGGCGAUCAAUUUGUCCAUUUAUUACGCGGCCUCACAUAUAAUACUAUUCGCUGUAUUCAUAACAUACGUACUGACGGGUAAUGUAUUGACAGCCAAAGCGGUGUUUGUGUCGAUGUCUUUGUUCAGUACUUUGCGGACAACAAUGACAUUACAAUUUCCUGAUGCCAUUCGAACCACCGCUGAACUACUGGUCUCCUGUCAGCGCAUACAAACAUUUCUAGAGUUGGAAGAAAGGGAUGUAAAUUCAGGCAAUAAUAAUAAUACUUUACCGAAAAGUGCGAAAAAUGGUAAACAAUUGUCUAAAGUUUCUGUUAAAAACAUAACCGCCAAAUGGAGUGAUGAAAGUCCGUUUCCAACCCUAAUGAAUAUAUCGUUUAAUUUAAAUCCGGGGGACCUCUUGGUUGUGAUCGGACCGGUGGGCGCCGGAAAGAGCUCACUAUUGAUGACAAUUCUGAAAGAACUGCCGCUUCUGUCGGGGAGUAUAGAAAUUGUAGGAUCGAUAAGCUAUUCCUGUCAGGAGUCCUGGAGUUUCAAUACUAGUGUUCAAAAUAAUAUACUUUUUGGAGCCGAAUAUAAUGAAUCCCGAUAUAAGCGAGUGGUAGAGGUGUGCGCUUUGGAGCGAGACUUCGAGUUAUUCCCGUUCGGAGACAAGACAUUAGUCGGUGAGAGAGGAGUACAACUGUCGGGGGGACAGAAGGCCCGCAUCACGUUAGCCAGAGCUCUGUACCGGAACUCAGACAUCGUAUUAAUGGACGACCCGUUGAGUGCUGUCGACACUAGUGUUGCCGAACAUAUAUUUGAUAAUCACACAUCAAAUCCAAUUCAUACGAAAAGCGACACAAAUAUUGGUUUUGAACGACGANAAAUAUUGGUUUUGAACGACGAGGGAAAGUGUCUGGGAUUGGGAUCCUAUGAUGAGCUCCAGUCCCGGGGCUUAGACUUCAUGUCUAUUCUCAGCGAUCAGGAGAAGGAAGCGGACGAUAAAACAGCCGUAAAGGACAGGGAGGACAGCGAACCAAUAGUAGGGGUCGUAUCCGUGGAUAAGGAGUCCGACAGCGAGGAGUCGACUGAAGAGUCCAAAGAGAAGGAACCGAUGAUUGAACCAAAAAUACGCGACGAAAACCGAGAGAUCGGAUCGAUUGAGGGUCGGGUGUAUUGGAUGUACGCGAAGGCCGGCGCCGGACCACUAAUGCUUAUCAUUGCUAUAACUGCCGCAGUGUUAUCGCAGGUUAUAUUAAACUCGUCCGAAAUAUUUUUGUCGAAAUGGACUGAAAAAUACCAGAAUAAGACAUCCGAACAAAUUGACCAUGAUCAACAGAAUAUGGAUGUUAUAAUCUAUUCAUCACUAAUCGCAGCCCUAUUUGUGACGGCACUAAUCCGAGUGAUCACGUGGUUUAUGAUGUGUAUGCGGGCAUCGGUUAGACUUCAUAAUAGUAUAUUCUAUAGUUUAUUACGGACUCCCAUAUCAUUCUUUGACAGCAAUCCCGUCGGUCGUAUAUUGAACAGAUUCUCUAAAGACAUGGGCGGUGUUGAUGAGAGACUGCCCUCAAAUGGAUAUGAAUUAAAUAUGGCAAUAACUCAGGCCAUUGGUAUCGCUGUGAACGUGUCAAUUGUGAAACCCUAUCUAAUAAUACCGGCAGUCAUUUUAACCAUCGUUAGUCUAUUUGUGAGAAUUGUGUACAUUAAGUCAGCGAGAGAUCUACGUAGACUGGAGGGUGUGGCGAGAAGUCCAGUGUUUACUCACAUAAGUACAACACUGAAUGGGUUGGCCAGUGUCCGGGCCUUUGGAGCGCAGGCAGAGUUUGAAAAUCAGUUUAAUGUCUACCAGGAUGACACUACCGGCACGUGGUUUAUGUUCUUAGGCACAGCCCGUGUAUUGGCUAUGUUUAUGGAGUGGAUUAGUAUAUUGUAUAUAGUGGUGGUUAGUGUAGUAUUAAUGGUGUUUUAUGAGGGUAUUGGUGGUGGAAGUGCUGGACUGGCCCUGUCUUCAGCUAUUAUGUUGACGGGAAUCGCUCAGAGAGGGGUUCGACAGUCGGCAGAGUUGGAGACUCAGAUGACUUCAGUUGAGCGCAUUAUUGAAUACUCAAAACUACCACAAGAGGCGGCCCUCAACUCCGAUGACGAUCGCAAACCCCCACCUGAUUGGCCACAAAAGGGACGGAUAGAGCUCAAGGAUAUGAGUCUAUACUACGAGGGAUCAGACAAACCGGUGCUCAAGAACUUGAAUUGUGUUAUAAAGAGUGGAGAGAAGAUAGGGAUCUGUGGGCGGACGGGCGCCGGCAAGUCGUCCAUCAUAUCAGCGCUGUUUCGUAUG